AUGGCUGAGAAGGCUCCAUCAGGGAUGACCAAGAAGUCUUCAAGGUCCACCCUUUCUCUGCCUCCAGAACCAGUGGAGAUCAUUAGGAGCAAAGCCUGCUCACGGAGAGUUAAAAUAAAUGUAGGUGGACUUAACCAUGAAGUGCUGUGGAGGACUUUGGACAGACUUCCAAGGACACGAUUAGGAAAGCUCAGAGACUGCAAUACUCAUGAAUCUCUGCUGGAAGUAUGUGAUGACUAUAAUCUAAAUGAAAAUGAAUAUUUUUUUGAUCGACAUCCAGGGGCUUUCACUUCUAUUUUGAAUUUCUACAGGACAGGGAAACUACAUAUGAUGGAAGAAAUGUGUGCUCUUUCUUUUGGCCAAGAGCUUGAUUACUGGGGGAUUGAUGAGAUAUAUCUAGAGUCUUGCUGCCAGGCAAGAUACCAUCAAAAGAAAGAACAGAUGAAUGAGGAGCUGAGGAGAGAGGCAGAGACCAUGCGAGAGAGAGAAGGGGAAGAGUUUGAUAAUACCUGCUGCCCAGAGAAAAGGAAGAAACUCUGGGACUUGCUGGAGAAACCCAACUCAUCUGUGGCAGCAAAGAUUUUGGCCAUCGUAUCCAUUCUGUUCAUCGUACUGUCCACUAUCGCUUUGUCUCUUAACACACUGCCAGAGCUUCAAGAAAUAGAUGAAUUUGGGCAGCCAAAUGACAACCCUCAGCUAGCACAUGUUGAAGCUGUGUGUAUUGCUUGGUUUACCAUGGAGUAUCUUUUGCGUUUUCUAUCCUCACCAAACAAGUGGAAGUUCUUCAAAGGCCCAUUAAAUGUUAUUGAUUUACUGGCAAUUUUGCCAUAUUAUGUCACCAUUUUCCUCACAGAGUCCAAUAAAAGUGUACUGCAGUUCCAAAACGUCAGACGUGUGGUUCAGAUAUUUCGUAUUAUGAGGAUACUAAGGAUUCUUAAACUCGCCAGACAUUCAACAGGCCUUCAAUCUUUAGGUUUUACUCUCAGACGGAGUUACAAUGAAUUGGGCUUGCUGAUAUUAUUUUUAGCCAUGGGAAUAAUGAUAUUUUCAAGUCUUGUAUUCUUUGCUGAAAAGGAUGAGGAUGCUACAAAAUUUACCAGUAUCCCUGCAUCAUUUUGGUGGGCAACAAUCACUAUGACUACAGUAGGAUAUGGCGACAUUUAUCCUAAGACUUUAUUAGGUAAAAUAGUUGGAGGACUGUGCUGUAUUGCCGGAGUGCUGGUCAUAGCUCUGCCCAUACCAAUUAUUGUGAAUAAUUUCUCAGAGUUUUACAAGGAGCAGAAACGACAGGAGAAGGCAAUUAAAAGGAGAGAAGCACUAGAGCGAGCUAAAAGAAAUGGUAGUAUUGUCUCCAUGAACCUGAAAGAUGCCUUUGCUCGCAGUAUGGAAAUGAUUGAUGUAGCAGUAGAUUCAGGUAAGCCUGGAGAACCAGCCAAUCCAAAGGAGACACAUGAUGACAACCACCUGUCCCCAAGCCGGUGGAAAUGGGCCAGAAGGACAAUGUCCGAAACAAGCUCAAACAAGUCAUAUGAGAACAAAUACCAAGAAGUUAGUCAACAAGACUCUCAUGAGCAAUUAAACAAUGCCGCAGCAUCUUCCAGCCCACAACACCUGAGCGCCCAAAAAUUGGAGAUGUUAUAUAACGAAAUUACUAAAACUCAGUCUCAGCCUAAUCUUAAUGCUGGUUACCAAGACCAGUCAGCAAAACCACCUGUGUAUGAAGAAGAAAUAGAAAUGGAAGAAGUUACAGGCCAGAGAGAUCAAAUGCUGGCUGGACCUACAGACAUAAUAACAGACAUGAGAAGCACAUCCAGUAUCGAUAGUUUUGCCAGCUGUGCAACUGACUUCACAGAAACAGAGAGGUCCCCGCUUUCUGUGUUCCCUGGCUCUCAUCACUUGCAAAUGAGAUUUCCAUCUGAUUCUGUUAACCUAGAAGAUAACCAAAGAGUAAAAAGUUCUCAGUUUAUACCAUUCACAAAAGAUAAAAUGUUUUCACCAACUGAUAUCACCUUUGACUACAAUCCAAUGGACAGAGCUGUAAUCAGUGAUGGCAGUGGAUCCCAAACUGUUUUACACGGUCACUUGCAUUUCGACACUGCCAUGGAAAGCCCCAAAAGUUCUCUGAAAGGUAGCAAUCCAUUAAAAUCUAGAUCCCUUAAAGUUAAUUUUAAAGACAGUAGAGGUAGUGCUCCACAAACUCCACCAAGCACUGCAAGGCCAUUGCCAGUAACGGCAGGAGCAGACUUUACCCAGUCCACCCCUCAGCACAUCAGCACCAUUCUUCUAGAAGAAAAUUCACCCCAAGGUGAACGACCUUUACUUGGUGCCGAUGCAUCAGUGCUUUGUCAGGGACCUUCUAAGAAAUCAUCCCCUCUGUUUCCCAAACAAAAGGUUUUCACUUUCCCUUCAAAAGAGAGGAGGAGCUUCACUGAAAUAGACACUGGAGAAGAAGAAGAGUUUAUGGAGUUACGUGGUAUAAAACACGAAAAGCAACAGGAAAUCAAGACAAAUUGCUAUGGAGAUAAACACAGUGAUGGCAGCCAUUUAACGGAGGAGCCACAGGUCAGCACUUCUUCACCCAAAAGCAUGAGUCACAACUGUACUCAAGACAUUUACCAUGCUGUGGGUGAAGUGAAGAAAGACAGUAAUCAAGAAGGUUGCAAAAUGGAAAACCAUUUGUUUGCCCCAGAAAUUCAUUCAAAUCCAGGAGAAACUGGUUACUGUCCCACACGUGAAACUAGCAUGUGA